UGUUAGCGUCGUAACACCUUCCGAUACGAGUGUUCCCCUUCUCUUCGAGGUUGCGUGAUGUGACAGUUCUGUAAGCGGUUCCUCGACAAUCGAGACUUGUGAAUGGUAGUCAGAGGUUCGCGAUGUGUUUGCGGGCAGUAUGAUUGGCCGACAGGGACCACGGCAGCGCGGUGCGGCUCGUACGUCUUGAACUUUAACCGGACAGCGUCCAGUCCAGAGUAUACCACUUUCACGUUUGUGGCAAAAGACAUUUCUCUGUCGCAGCUGUGUCAGCGAAAUCAGGAGACGCUCAGUCAGCACGAUGGGGAAGGAACCUGCGCACCUGCCCUACACAGAAGGACCAUAUGUACCUGGAUGCUUUGAUUUAAUGACAGAAUAUUCUCCUGAUGGAUCUUUUAUUCGUAUGUUUUAUCCCACUUCCCUAUCAGAUAUAAAGAGUCAUUCUUCAAAAUGGAUAUCUUGGUUGCCAGAUUUGUCUUAUGUAGAUGCCUUUGCAUAUGUGCUGAACACUUGGGCCUUUUUAUUUCGACCAAUGUACAAAUUAUUUGCUGGUGAAGUUAAAGUUCCUGUUGUUUGGGAUGCAGACCUGCGUGAAGAUGGAGGAAAAUUCCCUGUAAUAAUUUUAUCUCAUGGCCUUGGAGCAACACGUUUUUUUUAUUCUUGCAUAUGCUUAGAAUUAGCAUCAAGAGGUUUUGUUGUGGCUGCAGUGGAACAUAGAGAUCAUUCUUCAUGUAGUACAUUUUAUUAUGCUUCAGCUAAAGACAGACACUUGGAUAAGAGAACUCCCAUUUCAUUUGACAAAGUUCCUGUUGGAUGGAAUCAUCUUUCUAGAAGACAGAAACAGGUGCGACACAGAGCUUCAGAAUGCCAAAGAGCUGUAAACUUGUUAGAAGCUCUUGAUGCUGGGAACGAAAUUGAAAAUCUCAUGAAUUGUCAAUUCAAAUUAAGUCAGUUCAAGGGUCGUUUAGAUUUUUCCAAACUUGUUAUGAUGGGCCAUUCUUUUGGAGGAGGAACUGCAGUAAGAACAAUGGGAAAUGAUUCUCGAUUUAAAGCUGGUAUUAUUUUGGAUGCUUGGGUUUUUCCCAUAAAAGAGGAUGCAGACUUACCAUCUGAAAUUACAGCACCUAUGAUGUUUAUAAAUACACAGACUUUCCAAAUACCACCAAAUGUUGCAGUAAUGCAAAGGUUUAUGGAAGGAGGGAAUGCGGAUAAAACAGAAAGAUCUGCCUUCACAAUCAGAGGCACCACUCAUGAGCAUCAAUCAGAUUCUCCAUUUGUCAUUGGAACAUGGCUUAAUUUAUUCAAUUUUAAGAAAUUAGACUCUGCUCUAGCAAUGAAAAUAAAUAACUACUUAAUCUUCAGGUUCUUGCGAACACAUGUAGGAUCAGUACCAGGUUUGCCAUCAGAAGAAGAAACAAGUGAAUUCUUGAAUCAACAAGAUUCUAACAUUGCUCCAGUAUUAUCAAUAUAAUUGAUAGAUGACGGGCAUUUUAACACAAUUUUAUUUUGUGCAAAACAUGAAGGCAUAUUUUAAGUGGCCUUUGGUUUUUAUUUUAAAUAAUCACUAUUUUUAGAAAAAAUAUUUUGAACAAUUAAAUUGUAACUGAAUGAACUUCAAGUGGCCGGUCCAUACCAAUCGUUCAUGUGUGAAUGUGUGUGCAUGUGUGUAUGCACCUAAUUGCAGCAGUGAUAUUUAUUAUUUUUGUGAGAACUGGUUUUACAAAAAUCCUGUGCAAAAUAUCCUUAGGAGAAUUGCACAUUAGAAAUAAAGGACAAAUAAUUUUUGUAUAACUCACCAACAAGAACAUAGCCCAACAUAAAGUUAAAACUAACUUUUCAGAGAAAAAAAUGACUAUUUCUCUUUAGGAAACAAGCUGGAUGAAAUUAUCUUUGAAGCUUGUAGUGGUUCCGUUGUUAUAUGCUCAGUAUCUUCCCUUGGAUUUUUUAUCUUUGAGCAGGAAAAUGACUUGUGAAAUAGUACCAGUAAAUAUAUUUCUUAAAGGGAGUUUAAUGUAGAGGGUAAAUGUUGAGUUUGUAUGUACAAGACUACAAAAAAGUUUUAAUGAAGUUUGACAGAAGCAAAAUGUAUUUAUUUUUAUAAUUAUGUAAUAAAGAUUCAUAUUUAAAAUAGUGUCAAUGAAGAUACAAUUGGAUGUGAUUUGUUCUUGACCCUUCAAUCCAGGAUUACAUCUUGAGAAGAGAUGUUUCUUUCGCUUGUAUUUACCAAUUCCUCAGGUUUUGUAAAAUGUCACAAACUACACUCGGCUCAUGCAAUACUAUUUUAUUUGUUUGAAUGAUUAUCUGAAAAUAGUUUUGCUUGAAAGUUUGAAAAGUUAAAAUAAAGUUACUGAAAAAUUCGGGGGGUUGGGGGGAAUAUCCCUCCAUGGUUCUGUGACUGUUUAAAGAAAAACAAACAGGAAUGUGAAUAGUGUAAUCUGAAUGCAUUUUGGUAUUCUUUACAGGCCAGAGUAAGUACAUUGGGCAUUCAUUAAGUUUGAUUUUUCAUCAAAAAGUGGUAAAAACUAUGUGACAUACGGGAAGUAUUGUCUGAAGUUGCUUUACUUGAGCUCCAAAAUCUCUAUCUGAACCUUUUACAAUAGGCUAUAGUUCUAUGAUUAAUAGAAUUACCAACAAAGUGUGGUUAGCAACGUUUGGAAAAGACUCAAGAAAUGCAAAACUUGUGUAUCAGUAAACUACUGAUUUUAUUUUAUAGUAUUGAUAACCAAAUGGUUACCUCUUGAUAAAAACAAUUCUUUAAUCAUUAUUAGGCAACAAAACAAAGCUUUUAUGUACCAUGGGCGUUAACAGGUUCUAAUGAUCUCGAGUGAAAGCCCAUGGGCCAAAGUCUCUUAGGCCUAUGGCACUGCUUAAUUAUUGGAAUCCUUAUAAUUUCCGUUGGUGCAUAAAUAACUAUUGUUCAAUUCAUAAAUAUUCAUGUUCAAUCACAUUCU